AAUCACUCCAUCCAUGCUUUCCAUACAAUCUAACGUAAUUUCACUCUAGGAAAAAAUCAUUUGUAUCUGAAUUUAGUGCAUUUUUCAAAUCGGUUUUAUAAUUUUUAACUUGACACCAGCAACGAAAUAAGUAUGACCACCAUUUUAAGUAAUAAUUCGGACUUGUCAACGAGUAAUGCUGGCAGGGCAGAAUCAGAAGGGAGAUUAUUACAUAUCGCCCACUGGGCUAUUUGGAGCAUGAGAGUGCCUGGAUAUCUUCUCUUCACCGUCGAUAGUGUGGACCCCACAAACGAGCAAGUUUAUCAAAAAACAGCCAACAAUGACAGGACUCAAAAUAUUGUUAAUCAUAUCACAAAUUCAAAAUUAUUUAUUUUCUCUACUUCUUCAGAACAAAAUCAAUUUUAUUCUAGUUCUCAAAAUUUCAAAAUGUUCAACUUAUUGCAUUUCAAGUCUCUUUUGCAGCUGAAUUUGUACGCAAUCUACAUUUCUCUCUGGUUUGCUGCAAGUUUUUCAGUUACAAUGUUUUCUCUUUAUAAAGGUUACGAUAUUCUAAUUCAAUUUGGAAAUGCUGCAAGUCAUGAUAACUUUCAAGUAUUUUCCGAAGUAUCCGAUCGGUUUUUAGCCAUGUCAAACAUAAUUGCAAUGGGAGGAUUUUUAUUAAUUUUCCGUAUAUUUUUUCUAAAGAAAUCUGCAACAUUGCAAUUUUGGAAGAACACUGUGAAUCUGUAUCAUGAAUUUAGACUGAAUUACUUUCAUGACCAAACUUUUGAAGCCCUUCGUGGGGAGUUAAGCAGCGAUGCUUUGUGGCAUUGGCCGAUGGGGAUUCUUCACAGUGGGUGUUGCCUCUUAUUGGGCAUUUAUGCGAACUUCAGACGUGAGGAUAUGAGUGUCGGAACUGUCAUUUCAUGGGUUAUCUGUAUCAUAAUUAUCAACUGUCACAUUGGUCUUACAAUCUGGAUAGGAUUUUUUAUCCGAUUUUAUUCAAUGUGCUUCAGACAAUUGAAGAUGUGCAUAUCAUCAAGCCCUUCAACAUCAUCACCGGAUUUUAUCACACUUUCGAAUGGGAACUUGGAGAUUCUUAAUUCUCCCAACACAAAUAAUUAUGAAAUUCUAGAAAGGCUGAUGGAUCUUUUCGAGCUGGUUUAUGAAAGUGUGGAAAAUUUUAACAAGUUUUACGCCUUUGCCCUGAUUGUGGACAUGUUUAUUGGGCUAAUAAAUGCCCUCGCGACAGUCUACCAGAUAAAUCGGGUGACUUAUGAAAGCAGUCGGGCUUCCUGGGAAGACACGGUCUUCGUUCUUAUCAAAAUCCCGAUGCAUUGCGUCUACGUCCUGCGCCUCUUCUACCUCAUCAAUCUUGGCGAGACCAUGACCACUGAAGGGCUUGGCGUCCUCAGAAGCCUCCAACGCACUAACACCGCCUCAAUCCUAAGUGGAGGAGCUGGAGGUGGGGUGUUACUGGCAAAGAUACAAAUGCUUGUCACGAGAGUGUCCCUUAACCCUCCCAGCGUAUCUCCUGGAAAUUAUUUUCGACUUAGUCGAAGACUUUUGGCUUCAGUGGUCAGCCUUCUCGCAACAUAUUUUAUCGUUUUAACCGAACUUCGGGAGGAAGAUGAAGGUCGCAGUCUCAUCCGCAGCUUAUUAAAGAAUUCGUGUGUUAAUAAUAGUAAUAAAUAAUACCAACCUUGAAAUCUUGUUGUUUCAUAUUUCAGAAUCGUAAUAUUUGAUUAAAAAUGUGUUUUUUGGUUUUGGAUUCAUGACGCAUAUUGGC